UAGGAUGUCUAUGGCCUUUUCUCUAUCAAAUUUGCUCAACUUACUAAACAGGUUAGGACAAUUAACGUAGCAAGUUAGGAGACUGAGUAUGUUCUCCUAAAAUGCUACGAAAAUCACUUUGUACGAAGUGGCGAGAAAAGAGCCCGUCCCCAGGUAGGAUACACUUGUGCUUCCUCGCCAUAAGAAGGCUAUCGAGGAGGGGAGGACCGUCUUCAUUAGCCAACUACACUCCUCGACCACGGUUGCCGGGUCACAGAGGAGAGAGGACGGACUUUUGCCCAAAGGAAAAAAUCCCUAUGAGAAAUGUCAUGUAAUUGCUUCACAGGGAUCAUACAGGGGAAUCUCCAUUAGCCAAUCCGAUUGCAUAUAAUGUGAAGACAAGGUACACGCUUUUAAAUAUGAUUGGCUUCCGGUCGUGAAGACAAGUAUUGUGGGAGUGGUCUAAUUGCUGAAAAGUAUGAGAGAUAUUAGAGAAAGAUAGGAAUCCCAUUGGACAAUGAAUGGAGGUACGUCAACGCCCCACCAAGCAGACUGUCGACCGCGUUUACGUUGUCAUCCUGCGUCACUUGGUUGUUAAGACAAUCGUCACGCAAUCUCUUCUCAAAAUCAGGCCUACAGCCAGUAUGUUGAUCGGAUGCCGGAGAAGAGGACGUCAAUCCACCGGACUGAAGGUAGCGCUCAUGCUCUUAGUAUUCAGUUGUCAAUUGCUCCAUGUUCUCAGCGAAAAAACUCCCUCUGCUAUGACUGUCGUGGAGAGCCCUGAGGCCAGCCUGGAGGGUGAGGAGGAUGCCCACGUGGAAGAGGGAGAUUCUGAGGAUUUGGAUGUAUUCCAUCCAACAGAUAAGUGGAAGACUCUCAAAUCAGGUCUUGGGGUCCCAAGGGGCUUUGACCUUCAGACUGGACAGAGGGAGGUCAAACUUGGGGAACACCAGACUCUUAAAUACCAGAUAGAUGGACAAAGACAGGGGAAGGAGAACACACAGGGCCCAUCCGUCAGCGCUGAGGAGCUGAAGAAGGCUUUGAAAAAUAUCAAAGAAGGAGUGGAUCCCAAAACCAGUGACAAAGAAGAGAAGGAGGCUCUCAGGGCCCAGUUUCAUCCCAUGGAUGAGCUGAAAAAAGACAUGGUCAGGCUAGACAUGCUGAUGGAGUCAGACUUCCAGAUUAUGAGCAGACUGGUGUCCCAAUUCAACAGCUCUAACGCCACUGUGGAGGAGAAGGUUAAAGCUCUACAUGACUUAGAGUACCUUGUUCAUCAGGUGGACAAUGCACAGAACCUGGCAUCUAGCGGAGGGUUGAAGCUUGUAGUUGAUGCAUUGAACAGCACAGACUAUCGACUUCAAGAGAGUGCUUCUUUCGUUCUGGGAUCAGCUCUAUCAAGUAACCCGGUGGUGCAGGUGGAGGCAGUUGAAAGUGGUACCAUUCAGAAGCUGUUAAUGUUACUUGCCACUCCACGACCCAUGUCUGUUAAAAAGAGGGCGUUGUUUGCUGUGGCCUCUUUGCUACGUCACUGCCCCUUGGCCCAAAGCCACUUCCUGAAGCUGGGUGGGCUGCAAGUGUUGGGGGAUAUUUUCCGAGCAUCUGGAGGUGGGGCUCUCCGUGUGAGGAUUGUAACCAUACUCUAUGACAUGAUCAACGAAAAGGAGCUGAUCUCUCAGACUGGACUUGACCCCAUCCCAGAUGCAUCUCACAAUGAGCGUUUGCGGCAGUAUGCGCAGGUCUCCCUCCAGCCACUUUUGGCAGAGCAAGGCUGGUGCAGUCUGGUACCUGAACUGUUGGCCUCCCCAGAGCACGAUUGGAAGGAAAAGGCCCUGAGAACUAUCCUGGCCAUGAUGCCUCACUGCCAGACUCAGUAUCGAAAGGAUUACGCCCUGUCUUCCUCCCUCAGCGCCCUACAGGAGCAGUACCAGGAGCUGGUGCUCACAGAGCAGGUCCUCGGUGACGAGGAUGGAUACUUUGGGGAGAUUCUGGCUCUGUUGGAGACAGUGGUGCUGAAACUGAAACAAGUGUAGGGCUGGGUGAAAACCCUUAUCAAAGGACAAUUACAGAAAUGCAUUCUAGUUUUGCGGCUGUGUUAUAGGAUCACACAUUUGCAAAUGACAAGGUUGCCUUUCGGUUGCUUAGCCUUCCUUGCACCUUUUUUCUUCAUCUGCGAUACAAGCCAAGGCACGAUGCGUCUCAAAAUAAGGCUCUCCAGUCCUCCUUGAGGAAUGCAUUCAGCUGGGCUAAAAUACAGUAUUUCUCCUUAUAUGGCAUUUGUGUUCCUUGUUCAGUGUGCUCCAUCUAUCUUGUUAGUGGAUUGUCCACUGUGAGACUAGUGUGCCUAGUCAGUGCCUGCUGUAAGCAGUAAUGAAAUCUGAGCUAUUUCCUUAUGCUAUUAGGUUUCUUGAGAGACUGUACAGGUUGAUGUUUUGUCAUUUUAUUAGUCUAAAGUUUUCCACAGAUUUGGAAAGCCAAUGUCCAGUCAGUGAUACUCUUUGCACUGCAUCAUUCCGGCAGGAAGGAAAGGUAUCCAGAGAGAAUUCUUUGUGCCUCACACAUGCCUGCAUGCUUGACCAGGACUUGCUUGUGUUUGAGCCUGUCAAAAAGAGAUGUGUUCUGUAAACUGCUUAAAAUAGAAGGUUCAAAUAUGGCACCUUCAUUUCCAAAAGGCAUGAUUGAAUGUAAAAUGGUAAACAGAAACUUUGAGAAUUAUUGCACAUAAUAUUGAGUCCAGCUCUCAAAUACACACAAUUUAUUCUAAUAAUUUGAAAUGUCUUAACUAAGUUAUUUGUUUACUAUGUAUUUUGUUUACUUGUUUGAUAAGAAUAAAUCCGUUGGGUAAAGGCACUGUUAAUAAUCUGCCUUUAACGAGACUUUAAAAUAAUAUUUUACAAACCCUAUCUAGAUCUAGCCACCCACUGUAAGAUGGGUGUGUAAGAGGCACAUCUCCUUAUCUGUUUUUAGAACAAGGUCACGAAGUUACCUCACCAAAACUGUGGUGAAGUUGGGAGGUCAGUGUCAUUGAUUCGAGGUGCACCUGCGCCAUCUUAUUUGUUCAUGUUUCUGGUUAAUAUUUUCUUAUUGAUGUAAUAAUGCCCAACCUUUCUGUUUUGUCUGUCUCCACUUUGCCAUUUUUUGCUAGUGACUGAAGUGGCUCAAUGACUGCAUCAAUCUUUGAUAUUCUAUAAGGAAUCAUUCUCUUUCAGAAACUAUUUACAGUAAGUAAAUAACCUCACUUUUGUGCUUUAUACUUACAUCUUUAGCCCAUAAUAGGACAUGUAUAGCCUAUAGUAGGAUAGAAUUGUUCCUAUUAUACCUAUCAAAUGUAUUUACAGAAGGUAAAUAUCCUUGUGCUUUAUACUUACUUACAGUACCAGUCAAAAGUUUGGACACACCUACUCAUGCCAGGGUUUUUUCUUUAUUUUUACUAUUUUCUACAUUGUAGAAUAAUAGUGAAGACAGUAACCAAAAAACAGUUAAACAAAUCAAUCUAUUUCAUAUGUGAGAUUAUUCAAAGUAGUCACUCUUUACCUUGACAGCUUUGCACACUCUUGGCAUUCUCUCAACUAGCUUCACGAGGUAGUCACCUGGAAUGCAUUUCAAUUAACAGGUGUGUCGCCAUUA